CAUAAUUGUCCUUCCUCCUUAUCAUUACAGACGCAAAUGGCGCUAAACAUCGACGAGUCUCGGGCCCCGGAGACUCUGUUCCUCUAUAUAUCGGUACAAAGAGUCCUCUCAGGGACAGGACUUGACCCCGUUGAGCCCUGGGCGACAUCGUACGUGAAUGCUGUACGUGACGUCAGGCUCGGAGAUGCGAUCUGGGCACGCUAUCACAUAUUUGGAAAUGUGGUAGAUGGAAAACUUGAGGAUGGAUCAACCGUAAUUGACAGUGUUGAAGAGGAGGCAGUGAGGUGUAAGAAACGGGCUUCCCAUGAAUGGGCUAAUGCUGUGGUCUUUUGCGUACAGACAAGCAGUGCUGAUACUCAUCCCGAGGUCAUCGAAAUUAUCCUUCGAGUUGAUACUAAGGAUGUCAGUCGGAUCCAGGUCUCGGAAAGUGGAUAGUCCUCGCACAUUCUUGUCCUACAGUAAUUGGGUGGUUUUCAGUUCCGCAUAAGUGUAUUUACACCGCAU